AAACGCAACGCGGAACUACAAGGAAGCGGUGGACAAAAACAAGAACGCUGUAACAUAGGAUUAAUAACAACUUCGGAACAUGUGGUUGGCGUAGAAGAAAUAUGUCAACUAAGGACGGCGGAGAAGACAAGAAUGUUCAACCCAGGGCCAUGUCGCCAGAGAGAAUGAAUAAAAAUGGAGAAAACACAACAUGCACCAGCACUGACACCAGCACAACAGCGAAGAACCUGGCUCUGCUCAAAGCACACUCCCUUGAUGUGAAGUUUGACGUUGGGGAAGAAUACGACAUUAUUGAAACAAUUGGCACUGGUGCAUAUGGGGUUGUUUCAUCAGCCAGGAGACGGGACAAUGGUCAGCAGGUUGCAAUAAAGAAGAUCUCAAAUGCCUUCGAAGUAGUGACAAAUGCCAAACGAACACUGCGAGAAUUGAAGAUACUCAAACAUUUUAAACAUGACAACAUUAUUGCCAUCAAAGACAUUCUCCAGCCCAACCUUCCACACUCUGCCUUCAAGUCUGUGUAUGUGGUGCUUGACCUCAUGGAAAGCGAUUUGCACCAGAUCAUACACUCUGGCCAGCCUUUGACACCAGAGCACACGCGCUACUUUCUCUACCAACUCCUCCGUGGCCUUAAGUACGUGCACUCUGCUAAUGUGAUUCAUCGGGACCUCAAACCCUCCAACCUUUUAGUCAAUGAAAACUGUGAGUUGAAGAUUGGCGAUUUUGGCAUGGCUCGUGGCCUCAGCUCUCACCCUGAAGAGUCUCAUUCCUUUAUGACUGAAUAUGUGGCGACUCGUUGGUAUCGUGCUCCCGAGCUGCUUCUCUCUCUCAAUCACUACACUUUGGCUAUUGACAUGUGGUCUGUGGGGUGUAUUUUUGCUGAAAUGCUGGGGCGAAAGCAGCUGUUUCCAGGAAAACACUAUGUCCACCAACUCCAGCUCAUUUUGUCUGUGCUGGGAACUCCUCCUGAGGGUUUGAUUAGUGCCAUAAGGGCUGACAGGGUUCGAUCCUAUGUUCAGAGUCUUCCAUCGCGCUCUGCUGUUCCCUUGGACAAACUGUACCCACAGGCCGAACCUGAGGCUCUGGACUUGUUGAGAGCCAUGUUACGUUUUGAUCCACGUGAGAGAAUAAGCGUGACACAAGCGCUGGAGCAUCCUUACCUCUCCAAGUACCACGACCAAGAUGACGAACCAAUUUGUGUCCCAGCUUUUGACUUUGAGUUUGACAAGCUCCCCAUGAACAAAGAACAAAUAAAAGAGGCGAUUUUGAUGGAAAUUCAAGACUUUCACCGCAAUAAACAAGGCUGCCGUCAGAGGCUACAGUUCAGGCCUUUAGUGAGGGCAAAUAAUGGUAGUUCAACUGCAGCUCUCGGUGUUAACCAGUGCAAUACUCAGGUCACAACUGCCACAGCAGCUAUGGUUCCCACUGCACAACAAGCCAAUACAGUUAAAUCUCAACAGGAUCAAGCACCAGCAAAAGAGAACCAGACAUUUACAUUAAACAAACCCAGCUCUCUCCUAGAAGCAACCUCGGCUCAUGUGAAACAUAACCUGCCUCUCCUCACAAAGACUGAGAGUGGCCCAGUUGAUGUGGACAUGCCCAGUGCCAGCUCAGAUAGCGGUCAACCAGAGACCAUAGAUCUGACCACACCAGUGUCUAAUCAGGAGGCUGCACCAGAAACUAUGAGAGACAAUGAAACACAGGAGAGACUGGCCAGCAGCCAGGCCUCUGUGACUCAGCCCACCCAGAGCCAGUCCAUGACCCAAGCCCCCACCUCCAUUUCUGCAGCGCCAGCAUCCACACUCUCCACUGUGCCUUCGCUGUCUCUGACUGCAGCACAGGCACAGUCUCUGUCCCAGUCUCUAUCACAGUCACUGUCCAAGAACACCAGGCCUCUGCCAAAUACAGGGGAAGCGACCAGAAAAGAAGGGGCGAUUUCAGAAGAUACAAAAGCUGCGCUUAAAGCAGCCAUUUUAAAAUCAGCUUUAAGAAAUAAAGCCAGAGGAGAUGGAAGUACAUCUCUACUGGGUAUUGAAACCAGUUCAGGAGGUGUGUCAUGUGCGUCGUCCCUCUCAGAGUCACGCCGGCCUGUCACUGCUCAGGAACGCCAGCGAGAGCGAGAGGAAAAGAGAAGAAAGCGCCAAGAACGGGCCAGAGAGAGGGAGAGAAAACUGAAAGAGAAAGAGCGGAAGGAGGGGAAACAGGGCGACUCACUGGGCGGCGUUCUGCUCAGCGACAAUGAUAAAAGCCUGCUGCAGCGUUGGACAAAAAUGAUGGAUAGACAUAGUGAUAAGUCAAACUGUACUAGUAAUGAAGGGACAUCUAAAGACUGCAAUAUGAACUUCAAUGUAACCAUGAAGGACAACUCUCAAGGAGCACUGAAUAAAACAGACAAGGAGCUAAUGAAGAUGCCCUCCCAUGAUCAACUCAUCACUCAAGCCAAACCUAACCAGACUGUGAUGUUUCAGCCAACAAGCACUCAACCACCACAAAUGAUGUUCUCCAUUGGGCAGAGCAAGCCACAAGCAGACAUAUUGGUCGUUAGUGGAGGAAUAGAUCUGGUGACUGUUUCUAGUAACUUUGUGAAAAAUAAUGUUAAACCGCAAAUUGAAAGCGAUGGACAAAGUCGAUUCAAUUGUGUGGGAAGUUGGAGCGGUUCAAGUUUAGAGCCAAGGCCAGCGCAGCAACAAACACAAAGAAUAGUACAACCUCCACCAACCACAUUUGUUCAACCUCCAGCAACCACAUUUGUUCAACCUCAAAGUCAAAACCAGACUGAGACGCUUGAAAGAGAGACAAAUAGGAACGGGAAAAUUGCCAUCCAAAGUAGUAUGUCCACUCGUUGUAAUAAUUCAAAUACAAACACUGGGAAUGUGGAGAAGCUGUGUCUAUCAGUUGGAGAGAAGCAUGGUUCUCUGAGGGUCAGUGCUCAACCUCACCAGAGCCUCGGGUUUACAGAUACAGGCCAGCAAGGCCCGCCCACCGCACCAGACAUACACACUGUGACCCUACAGCUCUCAAAGUCUCAAGUGGAGGAUGUGUUGCCCCCAGUUUUUUCAGUCACUCCUAAAGGCAGUGGGGCAGGUUAUGGAGUGGGAUUUGACCUUGAUGAUCUUUUGACUCAAUCUCUCACUGAUCUGCAGCAUUGUGAUCGGGACAGUUUUGACUCAGCACCUCUGUCGGCCUCUCUCCUAUCGGACUGGAGUGAGGUUCACCGCAUGACUCCGGCUGAUCUGGAGUCACUGCAACAGGAGCUACAAUUGGGCUCUCCCAUGAUCCUCUCUGACACAAUCCCCCCUGACUCCUGA